GGAAGUGACUUUUCAGUUUUCAAAGUUUCAGGAAGUGGUGCGAAACACGAUGUGUAGUAUAACGACGAAAUCUUUAAAAAACAUAUUUCAAUAAAAAGAAAAAAAGAAAAUCGCAAAGAGUAACGUGUUGAAUACAGGUUUUUUUUUCAGGCACUAGUGUAGAAAAACGUUGUGAAGGAAAGCGAUUCAGUUGUGAAGCUGUUGUGAAGGUUUGGGGAAACAAUGAGCCGUGUCCCCCCUAUGCAGCCCCAGAACUGUGGCCCCUGGGAACUUAAGGAGAGACUUGGAACUGGUGGCUUUGGCAAUGUUACCCGAUGGCAGAACAAGGACACAUGUGAACAGAUUGCUAUAAAGCAGUGUCGUCAAGAACUUAGUGCUAAGAAUAAGGAAAGAUGGUGUUUGGAGAUCCAGAUUAUGAAACGGUUGAAUCAUGUAAACGUGGUAGCAGCAAGAGAGGUCCCUGAGGAGUUGAAGAAAUUAGCCACAAAUGACCUGCCUCUGUUGGCCAUGGAGUACUGCCAAGGAGGAGACCUUCGCAAGUAUCUCAACCUACUGGAGAACUGCUGUGGGAUGAGAGAAGGCUCUGUUCUGAUCCUGCUGCGAGAUAUAUCCUCUGCCCUCAAAUACCUUCACGUGAAGAGGAUAAUUCACAGAGAUCUCAAACCAGAAAACAUUGUGCUUCAACAGGGAGAGAAAAGGUUAAUUCAUAAGAUCAUUGACUUGGGAUAUGCUAAGGAGCUAGACCAGAGCAGUCUGUGCACAUCAUUUGUAGGGACUUUGCAGUAUCUGGCACCUGAGUUAUUGGAACAGCAGAAGUACACAGUGACCGUGGAUUACUGGAGUUUUGGGACUCUGGUGUUUGAGUGCAUCACUGGUUUCAGACCCUUUCUACCGACCUGGCAGCCUGUACCCUGGCACAAUAAGCUGAAGCAAAAACAUGAGGAUGAUGUUGUGGUCUAUGAGGAUUUAGCUGGUGAAGUGCACUUCUCUAAACACUUGCCACGACCACACAACCUCAACAAUUUGUUAGCUGUCAGGUUGGAGCAAUGGCUGCAGUUAAUGCUGAGGUGGUCUCCUCAAGACAGAGGAAAAGACACUAAGCAGAUCUCUAAAGAAAGUCUGGAUGGGACAGCGUCUAAGGAGAAGAGCAAGAAAUCUGAGGAAGGAAGCAGAGACCCACAAAGUGGAUCUACCUACUGCUUUGAGGAAUUAGACCGAAUCCUAGACCUGAAGCUAGUCCAUGUGCUGAAUAUGACCUCAGCAGAGAUUAGUACAUACACAGUGCAGCAUGGGGAGACUGUUGCCUCCCUGCAGAAACGAAUUGCACAAGAUGCACACAUUCCUCCAGCCAAUCAGGAGCUGUUGUUGGAGGCUGGCCUGGCUCUGGAGCCUCAUAAUGAGAUAAUGCAAUGUGCUGUAGAUUAUGCUUCAAUUGAUGGUCGUCGGGCUGAUAUGCCACUAGUCUUUCUGUUCAACCGUUCAUACUGCAGCUACGAACCUCAGUUCAACCCUCGAAUCCUCCCUGAAAACAUUAGAUUCAUUCAGAGAGAGCCUAAGCGCAUUUUGCCCUACAGUGCUCAAAGACGCACAUAUGGGCAAGCCUGGCACACCAUAAGAGCACUGAAGGAAGACUGGCUGAAGUUGCAGCAGGGUCAGAAGGCAGCCAUUAUGAGCCUACUGAGGCAUAAUGGCUUGUUGUCCAAGCAGAAGAAUGAGAUGGUCUCUGUGCACCAAAGACUCAAAGCUACACUUGAAUUCUUUACUACUAGUCUGCACAUCGACAUGGAUAAAUACCAGGAGCAGAGAGCCACUGGCAUUGCUUCAGAGAAGUUACUAAAUGUCUGGCGAGAAAUGGAACAAACUGCACUCAGCCAUGGCCAGAUAGAUGAUGUGACUAUGUUGGAGGAAGAGAUGAUGAAAUUACAGACUGAUAUUGUAGACCUUCAGAGACACCCUUGGAGAAGUGGAGAAGCUCUGGAGUCUCUUGAGGGGAAGGCAAUGGACUUAUUCCGCAAGCUCAGAGAGAAGCCAAGGGAUCAGAGGGGUAAUGGUGAUUGUCAGGAGGUGAUGAAGCUGGUGGUCCAGGCUAUUCAGUUCUAUGAAAAAAAACUUAAAGAGUUUUACACACACCUCAGCAAAACAAUGGUGUGCCGUCAGAGGGUGAUGGAGCUGCUGCCUCGGGUGGAGGGCAUGGUGAGCAGCAUGGCUCAGUGUGAGCAGGAACUACGCAGUAUGCAAGAAAAAAGACAGAAGGAAUUGUGGAAUUUGCUUAAAGUGGCCUGUAGCAAGGUUCGGAGUCCUGUCAGUGGGAGUCCUGAUGAAAUGCGAACCCCACCUUCUUCUGGUCCUCCACUGUUACAGCAUAGACCUCCUCAUCCUAACAGCCUUCUUAUGCACCACCAACCGGAAGAAUCGAUGAUAGUGAUUGAAGAAAGUAAAACAUUUGAGAGUAGAAUGCAGAGUUUGGUGCAGGAGACAAUUAAGGAGACAGAAAUCAACAUGCAGGUUCUGCAGGAAUGGACAUGGUUGAACAGAAGCCAAGACCUCUCCUGAGAUUAUACAUGAGCUUCAGUCUCAGCACUAUAAAUGAAUGUAUGUGUAGUGAUAAGUAGAAAACUUUACUUGGUGCAGGCAAUGGCAGAUUUUUGUAAUUUUACUUAAUAUUACACAUGAUUAUUAUGUAAAAAGCACAAAAGGUUUAAUGUGCAUAUUCUGUAAACAUCAGUUAAUGGGAAUGUGGUACAGCUGCUUUUAGUGGAACAAUAUGAUUAAUUUACUGAUAACUUUAUCUGGCCUUAAUUCCUAACACACUGUAAGGUCACCAGCUUUGUAUCCCAGCCAACUAGCUAGCCGUCAUAGACAACCACUAUUGCAGCAUGAAUUGUAGAACCAGAAAGGUCAAAAUCAAUAUCACAACCCAUAUUUGAAUAGUCAUUUAUAUAUCCUGUCUUUAGUUAAGAACCCUUUUACCUGAAGGAAAAUAGAAUAGUGUGUGUUGUUGAGGAGGUAAGAUAAAAAAAAGAAUACAUAUUAAGUAAUAAGAUGAAGUACUUAAUAGGCUAAAUUGCAUGGUGAAAUGACCAUUGUUGGGCAGAAAGCAGUGUUCAAAGCCAACUUCAGUCCCUUUGCCACUUUCACAAAGACAAGCAAAAAAUGUACCAUAUGGAAUAAACAUUUACUCAAG